GGCUGGACAGCUGAGCCAGCAGUAGCUGUCAGACGUCACCGCUGGAAGCCAGCCGCUGAGAGAUUUACUAAGCUUUCCCUAUCACGGCUGGAUGCAACCACUCAGCCGAUUUCUGCUGCCAGCCAGCCGCUAUGGUCGUCCGAACGCACCCACUGUUAUUAAAUAAAACAAAAAGAAGAAUGUGUUUUGACAUCUGACAUUGACAUAUAUUUAAAAUUUUCAAAACUUCAUAUUUAUGAAAGAAAAUAAAAAAUAUAUCUGUGAUAAUAUUCCUGAGAAUUAAAUAUUGUGUGAAAAUUUGAUAAUGAAUGAUCUUUUUAUGAAUGAUACUUUUGAAGAUAUUACAUUUACACAAAAUAUUUUUACAAGAAAAUCAGUUCCUCAUCUUUAUACAAAUUCUUCAAAUGAGGAACAUGUUUCUCAAAGUCCAAAGUUUAACAAAAAUGAAGAAAACGGGAUACUUUUUGAUGAUUCUGUAUUUUUAUCACAAUUAUCAUUUACGUCUGAAGAAGACUCGACUGAAAAAAAUAUACCUGAACCAGUAAGUCUACAAGAAAUUAUUAAAGAGUCUCAAAAUUGUCUGUCUGAAAUUGUAUAUGAAGAAAAAGAAGUCUCUGGGACACAAAUAUGUAGUAGUAAAAAAGCUUUAUGUGAUAAAUAUAGUACAGAAAUAAGUCAAUCUAGUAAUUCGGCCAUUUUAUUAAAAAAUAAUUUAGAUUUAACUCAGCUUUCUUCAUGGGGACUGCCCAAAGCUGUUUUAGAAAAAUACGAGUCCAGAAAUUUGAGGACUAUGUUUUCGUGGCAGGUGGACUGUCUUGCUAAUGAGGACGUCUUGAAUGGUAAAAACCUCGUGUACUCAGCUCCAACAUCAGCAGGAAAAACACUAGUAGCAGAAAUAUUAGCUAUCAAAACCAUUCUAGAAAGAAAGAAGAAAGUUAUUUUUAUUUUACCAUUUGUUUCUAUAGUCAGAGAAAAAAUGUUCUACUUCCAAGACUUACUAGAAACAAGUGGAAUAAGGGUAGAUGGUUUUAUGGGAUCGUAUAAUCCACCAGGGGGAUUCAAAGCUGUACAGUUUGCUAUAUGUACGAUAGAAAAGGCUAAUAGUUUAAUAAAUAGAUUGUUGCAAGAAGAAAACUUAGAUAGUAUCGGAGCUGUUCUUAUAGACGAAAUACACCUGCUGGGAGAUCCUAGUCGAGGAUAUCUUCUAGAGUUACUUUUAACUAAAUUAGGGUACAUAUCUAAAAAAGAUGACUUAAAAAUCCAAAUCAUAGGCAUGUCAGCUACUCUUCCAAAUCUGCCCCAGAUCGCUAAAUGGUUGGGUGCAGAAUUAUACACCACUGAUUUCCGUCCAGUCCCAUUAAACGAGCAAGCCCACGUAUGUGGAGAAAUAUACAACCCCAUGAUGAAUCUGGUUAGAACAUUGAGUCCGCUGCCGGAAUUGAAGACUGACUCUGACAAUAUUUUACAGCUUUGCCUUGAAACUAUUAAGGAGUCGUGCUCUGUAUUAAUAUUUUGUCCUACAAAAAACUGGUGUGAGAAUUUGGCACAGCAGAUUGCAACUGGGUUUUAUAAAAUAGGCAGCUCAAAAUCUACCUGGGGAGAUCUUCUACGAACACAACUCGACACUAGUCUCAUAAUGGAACUAUUAGAGCAGCUCAAGUACUGCCCAGUUGGUUUAGACGUGAUUUUGCAGAAGACAGUAUCUUUCGGCGUGGCGUUCCACCACGCAGGCUUGACAAUGGAGGAAAGGGACAUCAUAGAAGGGGCUUUCAGAAACAGUGUCUUGAGAGUUCUAGUAGCAACGUCGACCUUGUCAUCGGGAGUGAAUCUACCAGCUAGAAGGGUGAUAAUCAGGACGCCGAUGUUCCACGGCAAACCAUUAGACUCUCUGGUAUACCGACAGAUGAUUGGCAGAGCCGGAAGAAUGGGCAAAGACUCUGUAGGCGAAAGCUUCCUCAUUUGCCAAAAGAACGACUACAAAAUAGCCAAAGAUUUAAUGUCUGCUGACCUAUCACCAGUUAGGAGUUGUUUAGAGAGUGCCGGAAAGUUAAAAAGGGCUAUUUUGGAGGUGAUAGCUAGUGGUGUAGCUUCUACACCAGAAGAUAUCCAGUUAUUUACGGAAAGUACUCUGUUGGCUGUUGAAGAUGAAGGUACGCAAGAAUUGAGCAAUCCUAUUGAUCAAGCUGUUGAGUUUUUACAAAUGAACGAGUUUAUUCGUUUACAGCAAGAAGAGGAUGGACGUCAAAGAUAUGUGGCUUCUUCUUUAGGAAAAGCGUGUCUAUCUUCUUCCAUGGCCCCGGAUGAUGGGUUAUCUCUAUUUAUGGAAUUGGAAAAGGCCCGACAAUGUAUUGUACUGGAAACUGAACUGCAUCUUAUCUAUCUCGUCACUCCGUACAGCGCUUGCUACUCUUGGGAAAACAUAGACUGGAUGCUGUACCUCACCAUUUGGGAAAAAUUGCCUGCGAACAUGAAGAAGGUUGGAGAAUUGGUUGGAAUCCGUGAAUCUUACAUAGUAAACGCCACUAGGGGCAAGAUCCUAACGAACACCGGGAAACUGUACCAUCAAUUUCUGGUCCAUAAGAGAUUUUUUGUAGCGCUGGCGCUGCAGGAUUUGGUUAACGAAAAGCCACUGAGUUGGGUGUGCCAAAAAUUUAGUUGUAACAGAGGUAUGCUUCAAUCAUUACAACAAUCUUCGUCCAGCUUUGCCGGAAUGGUAACAUCUUUCAGCAAACAGUUGGGAUGGAAUAGUAUCGAACUGUUGCUUGCGCAGUUUCAAGAAAGAAUGCAAUUCGGUGUUAGCAGAGACCUUAUAGACCUGAUGCACUUGCCAGUCCUCAACGGCAAAAUGGCGAGAGCCCUGUACAACGCUGGAAUCGAAUCAGUCAUCCAACUCGCUAAUUCGGAAAUAUCCGCAAUAGAAAACAUUCUACAUCGAGUAGCACCUUUCGAAAGUGAAAAAGAACGAGAAGGCGAAUCAGAAUACGAGAAAAGACAGAGAAACAAAUAUAAAAACGUAUGGAUUGCGGGAAGAGAAGGCUUAACCGAACGACAAGCGGCGGAAAUUUUCGUAAGAGACGCCAGAAAAUAUCUGAAGAUAGAACUAGGGUUGGUUGACGCUCAAUGGGAGGAUAUAAAAGACGAAGAAGAAGAGGUGGAGGAAAAUCACCAAAGCGACGAUUGUACAGUAGUUAAGGAAGAAGUAGUUAUGGAUUACGAAACAAAUGCAGCUCAAACAGAAGAAAUGCGACAAAAUAGCAGUACAGAAGUUAAGAAAGAAGUAAUUAUGAAUUACGAAACAAAUACAGCUCAAACGGAAGAAAUGGGACAAAAUAACGAUAUUAUAAUAAAAGAAGAUGUUAACCACGAUAUAAUUGAUAAAGAGGAAGAAGUGCCUACAAACGAGAAUGUUUUUUCAGACGAUAUUCUUUCAGAUACCCUCAGCAUUUCUGACGAUUCCAGUAUUUCCAAUGCAGAUUCCACCAUAAUAGAAGAUAUCGAAGAGAAUAAAGGAUGUCUUGAAGAAAAUAUUGAUUUUAUCAAAGAAACGUCAAAUAGACUUUCAGAGAAAUUCCAAAAUAUCUCAUUGAACUCUCCAAAACGAAAUUUUGAAAACAAAUUCUUUAAAAACAAAGAUAUAGAUAACGACAGAGGAAAGAACUUUAAAAAUAGGACAGAUUUAAAUGAAAAGAGCUUCAAAAAUGAGGAAAUCGUUGUAAAUCGUAAAGAAGUUGAAAAUUUACGUGAAAAUAAUGAAGCUGAAGCUACGUAUAAAGUUGAAGGUGAAACCAAAACUAAAUUGCAUUCAGCAGCUAAACCUAGGUCUAAAGUCGAAACUGAGACUAACGUGGAAAUGGAAAUUGAAACUGCAACUACGACUAAGCUUCCUAGUGCAAUAUCUACCGAUACUGUACAUACAGAUAAGAAGAAUUCACCUGGAAUAGAAUUUUCCACACCUUUUACACAUAAACCUCAAGCCCUUGUGACAAAUGCCCACAACACUGAAGUGGAUUGUUUUCUACAAGAAAUUUCGCUGUCAGAUUUUUCCGAAACCUUAUCAGAAAACAGCAGCGGAACACACGGUUCUAAAACUAGCAUUUCUGCAUCUGAUGUAACUAAUGUUAUUCUGGAGAGACCAGCUUCAGAUGAUAUGAACCUUCCUGCAUCUGAUAUAAAUGAUGUUAUCCUAGAGACACCGGUUUCAGAUGAUAUGAGUCUUUCAAGUUCUUCGGGUAUGCAUGAUUUGAGUGUGUCUUUGAAGAAAAAUCAAUCGGACCAAAGUUUGUUCGAUGACGAGAGCUUUACUUUACAAUUGUCAGAGCAAGAUUUGUCUGAAGAUGAACCGUUGGACAAAUCAUCGAAAUCUGAUCCUAAACAAACUAAUCCUUUGCAACAAGAUGAAUGUGCUUACCAGAACGGUUUAGGGGAAGUACUUGAAUCAGACGAUGAGGACAUUUUCGGUAAAUCGAUAGAAGAGGAAAUACUACUCUCCGCGAAACGAAAACACGACAGUGGGGAAUAUGGUAGAGGAAGUAAGAAGUUGAAGACUAAAUCAGUGAAUAUUUUAAGAAAAGAUACUGUACGAGACAAAGAUACAAAACCUUCAUACGUUACCCACGAAUUGAAAAAAGAAGAUACUGCGGAUCUGAGUAAAUUGAAAAUUUUAGACGUUUGUCAAGAAUUAACCGGUUUAGAAAAUUUCAUCGCAGAACUUAAGGAAAAAGACUGUUUUUCUUUUUCAAUAGCCUGCAGUAGAAUGACAGAAAAUAAACCUGUCAUAGGAAUGAACGUAAUGAAACCAGAGGGCUCAGUUGAUCAAAAACCAGCCUUCUUUAGCGGUAGUCGAAAACUGGAAGGAUUUUCAUUUUGUUGGGACGACAUCACCCAUUACUUAAGCCUAGAGAAUAUUAAACUCCACUCGAAAAUUAUUAAACUACUGAAACAAAUUUUCGAUAAAACAUCAACUACGGUGUGCAUGGUUGAUUCGAAAGAGCAGAUCAAGCUGCUGAAGAAAAGUUGCGGUGUUAACUUCGGCUGCCAAGUAGAAGAUCCCAAAAUAGCCGAUUGGAUUUUGGAUCCGGAAGGAAGAGAAAAAUCUUUGAAGGCAUUGACAACAAAAUAUUCCCCAGAAAUGGUGGAGCUGUUACACCUUUCCAAAGGCUGUAAAGGGGUAGGAAGCAUAGGUUUAGAUCUCUACAGUUCAGUUCCGGCCAAAGAUAGAUCCUCAUUAGAAUCUAUCAUAACUUGGAAUGUCAACAUUACACUUAAAAAUGAUUUAUUGAUAGACAAUUUAAAAUAUUUGGAUGCUUAUGAUUUGGAGACAAAUAUAAUCCCAUGUUUGGCUAAAAUAGAACUAGACGGUAUGCGCGUCAAUAAAAAUGCAUUAACGUGUUUAUUAAAUAGCAUAAAAGGUCAAAUUAGCGAUACAGAGAAAAAGGCAUAUGCUUUGGCGGGAAGAAAAUUUAAUUUUAAUUCCUCGGCAGAUGUCGCAAAAGUUCUAGGUAUGUUCCGUGGCAAGAAAACCAGCACCAGAAAGCAAGUUCUCGAAAAGAACCAACACCCCAUAUCCGACUUGGUCCUUCAAUGGCGAAAACUCCACUCAGUCCUCACGAAAACCAUUUACCCGUUAAUACCAGUGGUGCAAGACGAUCGUAUACACGGCCGUUACAUCACGCACACUGUCACAGGCCGAAUCACGAUGCAUGAACCUAAUCUUCAAAAUAUACCAAAGGAUUUCCAAAUGGUUAACCCGCUAACCAAAGAAAACGUCGAUAUCAGUUGCAGGAAAGCGUUUGAUGCCUCUGUAGAUUAUAUGUUGUUGUCUGCGGAUUACUGUCAGCUAGAGCUGAGGCUUCUUACUCACUUUUCACAGGAUCAGUUGUUGUGCAAAAUCAUGAGAGAGCCUGGGGAUGUAUUUAGGACUGUAGCUGCUAAAUGGAACAGGAUAACUGAAGAAGAGGUUACAGAAUCCACAAGACAACACGCUAAACACAUUUGCUACGGCAUAAUCUACGGAAUGGGAAACAGAACUCUAGCAGAACAGCUAAAUAUGGACGAGGAUGACGCAGCUGAGUUCAUGGAGACGUUUAGAAACACUUAUCCCGGAAUAAACACGUUUAUCCACAAUACAAUAGAAAAUUGCAAAGCUGCGGGAUACGUGGAAACUAUAAAUGGCAGAAGAAGAUUUUUACCUAAUAUAAAUGAAAGUAAUUCGACUAAAAGAGGUCACGCUGAACGUCAAGCUGUAAAUACCACCAUCCAAGGCUCGGCAGCAGACAUAGUGAAGAAGGCAAUGAUAAAAAUCGAACACGACUUACAACAAAUGUUCCAUAAGGCGAAAAACAAACCGAAGAUGGUGCUACAUCUUCACGAUGAGCUGAUCUACGAAGUGCCGACUAAAUAUCUACGAAAAGUUGCCAAAGUCGUCAAAAAAAAUAUGGAAAACUCGGUUGAGUUGUCAGUUCCAUUUCCUGUGAAGUUAAAGAGCGGACUUUGUUGGGGAGAUAUGUCCGAAAUAGUUUUGUAGUUCAAGUUUUAGUCCUUUUAUUCAAGUUUUAUUUCGCACGUGUCAUUUUUAUAACAAAAAUAAUUUUUACAUUUAAUUAUUGUGAUAUACUAUAGGUAGGCUCUUUAUAUCUUUUAACUCUCACUUUUUCGAUAAUUUCUGAUAUUUUAUAUAACAUUUUUAAUAAUUUUGUUGUUGCCAGUGUACUAUUAUAGCCCACUCUUUCAUGGUUUUGCUCAGGAUUUUAAACAUUCGAUUCGCUUCGAUUGACAUUUUUUUCAUUUAUAGCUUACGAUCUACUUCAAUAAAGUAAUAAGUAUUAUUGUGUAUCAAUUUAUCAAUCAAAGAUAUAAUAAAAACUUUAUUAAUUUUAAUAUAACGCGGGCACAUAAAUUUGAUACACCCUGUAUAUUGAUUUGUAACUAUUUAUUAUAAGUAGUUUUUAAGAAGUGGGUUAUCGUUAAUAAGUUUUUUCCCUGAAAAAUAAAACACAUUAGGAAAGAAAGUGAUAUGAAUAGACAAUAAUUGUUCAGGGUAUUUGGAGAUUAUAACGGUGUUUUGUUAUGCACGAGGCCAAAAGCCACAGGUAAUAAUAUCCUUAGAAAAUAAUGUAAAAGAAAGAAGAUUGGAAUUUUAAUCUCUUUUUGUUUAACCCCGAGUAAAUUUUGUAGAAUUUCCCGAAAGUAAUUAUUAUGAUGGUAGGAAUAUUUUUGAAAGUGUGAUUGGGUUUUUUCGAAUGAAAAAAAGAAUGAGGAAGAAGAAAUGUCUCUGAUUGGUUUGGCAAUUUGGAAUGGGAAGGAGAGAAGGUUGAAUUUUCAGAUAGUUUUGGACAGAGGGAUUAUUAUGUGAUCGGCAUCGCUGAAGAGCAGUCGACGUUUUCGUGGAUAGUUAAAAAGCAAGUACCAGUGGUUGUUUGAUAGUGGAGAGUGGAGCUGAAAAAUGGAACGAGAGACAGAUCAAAUUGAGAAGAAAUACCUCUUUGAUUCUGUAUUAUUGUGAGAAGGAGAGGAGAGAAUUUUGGAGUUGUUUGAAUCGAGUACUGGUUAAUAGAGGCCUGGCUCGUUGUUUUUUGGAGAAUUAGUGCUGGUAUGCUGCUGGAUUGAAGCUUGAGAACGGAGAGGGCUUUGAUGGGUAGCCUAACAUAGUCAACAAGGGAGAGCUGUUUGGGUCAAGAGGAGACAUCAUUGUGAGUGAAGCAAAAGGUCAGUCAAUUUAUGUGAAAGAUAUUUUUAUGUUCGGAAACUAAAAUUUUGAGUAAAAUCAUAUGAAUUAAGAUUCCAAUAUUUCAAAAAUUAAAUAGGAAGUAUAAGUAAUUUGCGAAUACCUAAAUUUGUUUGUUUAGCUUGUUUUAUCAAAGUCAUCGGAAACAAACCGAUAAAUUUCUAUUUGAACUAGAAUAAAUUUAAGUGGUAAAAAUUUCAUUCGGACAGCUAUGUCCAUAGGUUUUAAUUGAUCGAUUUUUAGAGUAUUGAUUUUGAUAAUAAAAGAUAUUUCUGUAUGCUUAUUUUA